AUGGAGGGCAUCACCUUUGACACGCGGGCAGAGGAUCUGCGACACGUCUGGAUCCCUCUCACUCUCAAGAUGUCCAUCAGCAAAAGCCAGGGGCUGGAGAUCAGCAGCUGGCCCGAGGCAGAGGAGACCCAAUCACUCGCCUUCUCCCGCCAGCUGAGCGCUGCUGAGGAGGCGGAGGGGGCUUCUCUGUACGACCUGGUGGUCACGGUGCCCCACAUCCUGGAUGCUCGCACGGGAGGAAACCUGGUGGCCCACAUCAAAGUGGGUGAGACCUACCACCAAAGAAAGGAGGGAGUCACACACCAGCAGUGGUAUCUCUUCAACGAUUUUUUGAUAGAACCAAUCGACAAGGCGGAAGCCGCGCAGUUCGACGUGGGCUGGAAAGUUCCAGCCAUCCUGUAUUACGCCAAGAGGAACUACCACCCCAGAUACGACCUCCGGAUUAAAAAUCCCAUCGACGCCAGCGUGCUUCUGACCGAAGCCUCGCUGGCCCGGAAGCAGAGGAAGAGUCACGCCACCUUCAUCCCCCUCAUGGUCAGCGAGAUGCCGCAGGCCGGCGAUCUGGUGGGGCUGGACGCCGAGUUUGUCACACUCAAUCAGGAAGAGGCCGAGCUGCGCAGCGACGGCACCAAGUCCACCAUAAAGCCCAGCCAGAUGUCCGUGGCCAGGAUCACCUGCGUCCGAGGCCAGGGCUCCAACGACGGCGUCCCCUUCAUCGACGACUACAUCUCCACUCAGGAGCAGGUGGUGGACUAUUUGACUCAGUAUUCCGGCAUCAAACCCGGAGACCUGGACGCCAAAAUCUCCUCCAAGCACCUGACCACCCUGAAGUCCACCUACCUGAAGCUGCGCUUCCUCAUCGACACGGGCGUCCGCUUUGUCGGCCACGGCCUCCAAAAGGACUUCCGGGUCAUUAAUUUACUGGUGCCCAAGGACCAGGUCAUCGACACCGUCUACCUGUUCCACCUGCCCCGCAAGAGGAUGAUCUCUCUGAGGUUCCUCGCUUGGUAUUUUCUGGACCUCAACAUACAGGGGGAAACCCACGACAGCAUAGAGGACGCGCGCACGGCCCUGCAGCUGCACAAGAAGUUCCAGGAGCUGAGUCGCGGCGGCGGGAACGACGAGGUCAGGAAGGUGCUGAAGGGGCUCUACGAAAAAGGCCGGCAGCUGGACUGGAAAGUACCCGAUUCGGAGGCAGGAGACGGUCAAGGCGGCACCAAAAGUACGCCGAGACAGAGCUGGACGGAGGCCCGAGUUUGCAUCACAGAUGGGUGGACCCCACAGGCCGGUGGACUGACCACGCUUUCCUUCCUCCCACAGGAAGUGUAA